AUCAAACUCCAUUUCAUCUCAUAUUGAAGUUAGGCUUUUGAAUGUAAAAAUUUCAAAUUUUUAGAUUAAGAAUUGAUUUGUGAAUUGAUUUGUUGUGAAAUGUGGAUAUAUAUGACAUGUCGAGUGUUAAUGUUGAAUUAAAUGUAUUAUUUUGAUUUUGUUGUGGAUUUGUUGUGUAUUAUUAAAGUUAAUGAAAAAUUUGAAUUUUUUUAUUUAAUAAUUUUGCAUUGUUAGGUGUAUACUUAUCCUAUAGGAUUUGCUUAAAUAUGAGAGUUUUUAUUAUGUUGUUAUGUGUAUGAAAUGAUUAAUUUGGGUGAGACUAAUACCCUUUUUCAUUAAAUAAAAAUUACUUAAUUAAUUGUGGUAGGCAUGGAGGUGUCGGUGGAUCCAGGGACGAGUGAUCGAUCUGUCCUGACAUUUGAUGUAGCUGCACACUUCAAUUGGGGUAGUGCCAUGUUGGCUUAUCUGUAUAGGCAGCUGUGUCGCGGUUUUCAGAGUGGGAGCACGGAGGUUGGGGGUUUUAUGCUUCUAUUGCAUAUUUGGUCAUGGGAGUACAUUCACAUUGGCCGUCCCAUUAUAGUACGAUACCAUGGGCCUAAUGGAGAACCACUUCAUGAUGAGCCUCCACAUCUUCUUGGACCACAUCAUCGACGAAUGGGUAUUUGCUGACCUGUGUCGUACAUCAUCGACUUCUGGUCUCGAUUUCUACAGGGAUGCAUUUGAUCGCAUGUCUGAUGAUCAGAUUACAUGGAUGCCAUAUACAGCUCAGAUGUUAGAGGAGUUACCCCCGACAGGACGAGAGCAUUAUGCUAUAUGGAGAGCACGUGUGUCGUUGAUAUGCUUUGACAUUGUUGAGCUUCAUUUGCCUGGUCGUGUUAUGCGGCAGUUUGGCUAUGAGCAGGUCAUUCCAGCACCUGUCAACACAUUUGUAGAUCUUCAUAAGCUGGAUAGGCGUGGUAAGCCUACAGAGGAUUGGUCGCUCAGACAUGCCCGAUACUUGGCUAUAUGGGAUAGGCGAGCGGGGAUUGUUGUCACUGGGACGUCGACAUUUGUCCCAUCUGUUUAUGCAGAAUAUAUGAGAUGGUAUUACAACAUCACGCGGGUGUUUGUAUCUCUAUCUUUCAGACUCCCUACUCACCAUUGUAAUCCCAAUUCCAUGGCUUUGCACUUAACGAUGAGUGUGCUCAUAAUUAUUAAAGUAA